UGUGUCGAGAGACGCUUGACGCUUUUUCUAUUCACGUUUUUUUCUGCGGUGUAGAAGUACAUUUCGUUAUAUCGCCAAUUUAUUCUUGCCAAAUAUUUCCACGUUGGGUUUAUUUUAAUUCAUUGGUAUUUGAUUACAAGAACCAUGCUGGGAUCAGGGGAUAGUGGCCACAUCGUGAAACUACGUGGUCUACCUUUCUCCACUACAAUUGAAGAUGUCCUAGAUUUUUUAACAGGUGUAAAUGUUGUGAAUGGAAAAGAAGGUGUGCAUUUGACUGAGGUGCGUCCAGGUCGCCCAUCCGGAGAAUGCUUUGUGGAAGUGGAAAGCCAGGAAGAUGUUGAUGCUGCUCUCAAGAAGGAUAAGGAGAUCAUGGGAAAGAGAUACAUUGAAGUAUUCUCAACUGACCGUCAAGACAUGGAGUGGGCACUGAACGCAAUGCGUCAAAGUGAGAAUGGGUUCGACAGCCUUCCCAAUGUUACUGAUGACAUGGGCAUCGUCAAACUUCGAGGUCUCCCAUUUGGAUGUUCCAAGGAGGAAGUCAUCCAAUUUUUUGAUGGGUUGAGCGUUGCACCGGAUGGGGUGCACUUACUGUCGGACUUCAGAGGGCGGGCGUCGGGCGAGGCAUUCGUACACUUCGUUGACAAGGAGAGCGCACAGGAAGCGCUCAACAGGGACAGGGAGAAAAUAGGACACAGAUACAUUGAAGUGUUCGUAAGUUCGGCGGAUGAAGUGCGAGCGUACGGCGCGAGGAUGGAGGUCGGAUUCAGAUCCAACAGAGGGUACCGCCCCACGCCGUACGAUAGGAACGAUCGCUUUUCGGGUAGCCGAUUCGGAUCCAGGGGAAGAGGUGGCGGCAGCUAUGGCGGAGGUCGGGGCGGGUUCCGCAGCCGAGGGGGGGGCGGCGGCUGCCAUUGCGUGCACAUGCGCGGUCUGCCGUUCAAAGCUUCUCCGCAGGAUAUCGCUUACUUCUUCAAACCGAUCAGGCCGGUGAACAUCAACAUACUGUACGACAAUAGCGGAAGGCCUUCCGGGGAAGCGGACGUCGAGUUUGAAUGCCACGAAGACGCCAUGAGGGCGAUGCGACGCGACAAGAACAACAUGGAUCAUCGCUACAUCGAACUGUUCCUGAAUUCAUCUCCCGGAGGCGGUGGCGGGUUCAAAUCCAACAGAAACUUCAGGAACUAUUAGAUUUUAGUGAGGCGUUGAACGCGAGGAUUUAUUAUUUAUUGCAACUUCGAAAACGAGAACGAGCUUGCAGAAUUAUUGUUUUUUUUUUUCAUGAAAUACUACAACAACUCAACAAACUGGCUGUUUUAUUUAAAAAUGUUUUUUUAAUACUCUUAUUUUUUUUAAACGUGCCACUAAUAAAUUUUAUGUUAUUCAAAUCGAUUUUAAAAUGGACUUUAAUGUAUCAAGCAAUACGUUGAUUUUACGUUACAUAAUGUUGGAUGUGAGUUUCCGACAUUUUGCGAAUUGAUAAGUUAGAAAUUGGUAGUUCGGCAGAUGUUUUUACUUAAAUCUUAAAUCGGAAAGGUAUACAGACAUUUCUACUUGUUCUUUCUUAUGAUGUUUAUAUUAUAGGGGUCAGUUUAUCUGCUACGUGCGUCCUUUUACAUAUAACUCCCCAAAUCCUACCUUUUAGAUGUUGUGAAAGAUGUCGCGUCGCUUCUCAGCUUGAAAUGAAUGCAGCCAUUUCCUCUUUUAUUAGUAUGACUACAACUUACCUAAUUUCUUUUUAGCUAAUCAUCUUGUGUCCUUGGCUCUGUAUAUAGUUGUCUCUUUCUUACUAUCAAUUGAUUUCUCACUAAUCCUUUUCACUUCUACGUCUAAACUUUCUACUCUCAUUCGUUUUACUAUACAAUUCCUCUUACUGUUAUUACUUAUUUUAAUCACAAUAACUUAUGCCCAAAGUUGGCUUCUGGAAAUACUUCAGUAAAUUCCUAUACGCAUGUAGUGAGAGCGUUGUUUUAAACUCGACCGCCACCAAAGGGAAGAUCUUUCGCCAGAAUGGAUGUUAUGCCUGCGAAUUAGUCCGAGGUUGUAUUCAUUGCUCCAAUCUGUGGUGUAAUAUUACUUAAAAAACACGUUAUGUAUUUAUUUUAUGACAAUAUAUUUUAUUGUUCUAACUCUACAUCAAAAACUUUGCUGUCAAUUUUCUUUCUUCUUACAAUAAGUAUUUAUCUCAUCACACGUGAAAUCUUUGUAUUCGUGAUUUAGACUUCGCUGCUAUUGGCUAAUGACGUAGCAUACUUCGCUGUGAUUGGCUGAUGGUGUUAGCCGUUAAAAAUGUCGCCACAUGUAUUACUUUGCAAUGUUACAACGAAACCUUGUAAAUAAGAAAUGAUUAGUAAAAAUAUCUGCUGAUCGUAAACCAAGCACUUAUAUGUACUUAGCAUAAUAUAGCGUUAUAAUAAGUUACUAAAGUGGUCAAUUUAAGAUAAAUUAUUUUAAAGUGAACUACACUUCUAAUACUGUUAUAUCAAUUUUGUAAUAUUAGCUUUUCAUAGUAUUGAUAUUUGUGUGUUGGAAAGCAUUUUAACUGAACCUUGAUAAUUUGUAUGCAGGCAGCGAAAAUGAUAUUUUUUUAGCUAAAAUGCUUUUAAAUAUGCAACAAGACGAGAAGAAAUAGAUUAAGAAAUAUUUUAUUACUAAAGAGCAAUAGCAAUAUUUUUAUGAACAAAAUAAUGUACAGUAAGACGCAUUGAAAAGUAUCUUAGAUACAUGAAGCGAUACGGGUAAGAAGGUGAAGAGCAGUCGGGGGGAAAAAGUAGGUUCAAAAGGAUGUUAGCUAAAGAACGAAUGAAGUAUUGAAUGAAUUGCCCAAAUUCAUAUUCAAAAUUUUUAUUCAUUAUUAUAGGACACUUCAUAUCACUUAAUAAUUGUCGUAUUUUCGUUAACAUUGGUUUACGUCAAAUAAAUUACUUAAAACUAAGUUUGUUGCUGCUUCCAUAGCGUCGGUGCAGAAGAAACGGUAACAAACUGCACUGCAGCAUUUACUUCAACAACGUGAACUUCACAACUAUCCAAACUUAAAAUAGAAAUGUGGACUACAUAGGAGAGAGGAGAUAUAUAUAUCUAGAUAGGAGAGAAUACAUUGUUCAGGUUAAUUGAUUUGUAUGAGAUUUUAAUUUUUUUUUGUGUAUUGUCUAUUUUAAAUAGAUUUGUGUACUGUGUAUAAAUACAUACAUACAUAUGGUCACGUCUAUAUCCCUUGUGGGGUGGACAGAGCCAACAGUCUUGAAAAGACUGAUAGGCCAAGCUCAGCUAUUUGUCUUAAUGAUAGAAUUGUGUAAUAAUGAUAGUAUUCAAGCGUUCAGGAACGAACGGACAACACAAAACAUUAUUGUCCACCUACUCUUCCAACUGCGCUUUACCUAAAAAGUAAGCUAAAGUUACCCUUAUCGCUUCAUAUCUAUUGAGAUGUUAUACUUAUCUAUCUGGCCCAUUGUACAGUGAGAAACAUGUGAACUUCCGCUAUUUCUAAACAGUUCUAUGUUCUUGUAUAUGUAAAAUAGAUUUUGUUAUGGACAUGCCAUAUUUAUAUGUACUUGGAAUCUCAUUCAGUCUUUACUUUCAAUUGUUCUAUCUACUCCUCGGCCUGUUUUAGGUGAAUUUUGAACGCGUCACCUCCCUCGCCGUAUACACAUUAUUGGAAAUUAUACAUUGGUAAAAUACCUAGCGUAGUCACCCAUGCGCAGACGCCGCAUUAUUUGAACAAUGGCUAUUAAUUGGCGCGUGCGGCGCGCCAUAUUAAUUUUUUUGGCGCCAAGUUCAAUCGUAUCGUUUUCAAAUAAGGUACCUACCUACGACACAGCGGGUCCAAUUUAUUUUUAUAACAUUUUACAAGGCAGCCAAAAAAGAUUUUAAGGCGGUGCAUUGAGACCACUAGCGCCCUCUACGCUUACCUCAUAUAUCAUCGGUUAUUUUAAAUAGCAUAAAGUUAAAAAAUCAUGGUAGAACCAACAAGAAGAAAUAAUCUUAAAUAAAAAAUAUCAGAAAGAAAAAUGUCCUCGAAGGAUUAUUUUUCUUUUAAAUUUUACAAAUUAGAAAGGGACGGAGUUACGAUAAGAAGAUCAUUUUCACAUCUGAAACCUACUUAUUCGUCUUAAACUUUGUUGUUAUGUUUUCAUGAUAAAAACAGUCGAUGGGAACUUUUGCACUGCCUUAUAAUAACGAUUUCAGUAUUUAUUUAAAUGUAUAAAACAAGGAGCUUAUAAUAUGUACAUGGAGAAAUCUUUCAUAUUGUGUCAAAUUCUUACACAAAAGCAUUAUUUUAUGUUGUUUUUUUUUUGCAUACAUGUAUAUACCGAUUUGGUUUCUUGAGUUUUGUCUUGUUUUUUUUAUGUAUUUUUAUUAUAAGCUUCUUGUUAUUACAAAUUGGAAAAAAAUCUAAAUACUUGUGUCAAUAAUGAAUUGAGACAUUUAUAUGGUUCACUGUAUUUGUGAUGACACAAAUUUUAUUGUACGUGGAUGUGAAAUACAAUAGUAUAAGACACUUUUUACUUUAAUAAAUUGUAU